CUGAGAUAGAGUCUGCCGCCAAUUGAUCCGUGACGCUUCCGGAAAGGAAGAAAUUAACAUGAAACAGCGUGAAACAGCGACAUUUCCCACCAGCCCACUCCCUCUAUAUAACAGCCCAGCUUCUCACCACCUGUUCCUGGAUGCGAGGAAAACCAAGAAACCCAAGAAAAAGCUAAGCCAUGAGAUCCAUCGCGUACCUCCCCCUUCUCUCCGCCUCGGCCUCGGCCGGCACUGUUCUCUGGAGCGGCCUGUUGAACGAGAGUUACACCGUCGCGGAUUUCGAUAAAUGGUCCUGGGCCUCCCAACUCCCCCCAUACCAAUGGUACAUCCACGGCUCGGGCGAGACCGCGGACUACCUCGACGUCUCGCCAGACUACCAGAACCCCAAUUCAACCCUUGAGCAGGCCCAGGGUGUGAAGAUCACCAUCGACGAUACAUCCAGCUGGAACGGCCAGACGAUGAUGCGCUCGGAGCUGAUCCCGCAGGUCGAAAGCGGCACGGAUCUCGGCUCUGGAAAGCUGUUCUACCACUUUUCCCUGAGCGUCAAGGAGGAGAACUUCCCCGUCAAGGGCCUGGAGCACCAGGUGGCAUUUUUCGAGAGCCACUUCACCGAACUCAAGUACGGAAACUCAGACUCCGAGCUCGCCUGGUACGCCGGCGGCUCCUCGCAGUGGACGACACCCCUCGAGGCCGGUGUGUGGUACAACUUUGCGUACGGGAUUGACUUUGACGCCGGCACGGUUUCCCUGUACACUUCGACUGGCGCGGAGGACUUGAAGCAGGUUGGCGAGGCUGUCAGCGCGAGCACGGAGACGAACUCCCAGGACUGGCACGUUGGGCAGUUGAGGCUGGAUAACGGGGAGUCGGGGGGUGCCGAGGACUGGUUCUGGAGUGGAGUUUAUGUUGAGGAGGGGGAUAUUACGCUUGCUGUUUAG